GGCUCCAUCCGGGUCUUAGCGAUGCUGUCCUGACAGGAAUCCGACCAGGGAGGGGCUGAGUUCGAGGGAAAUCAGCUGCCUGAGGAGAAACAGAGCCGGCCGCAGACCGAUUGCGGAACCUGCUGCGCCCAGGCCCGCGGCUCACGCGCGCAGGCUUCCUGAAACUCUAAGCAAUGGAUGAAGACGCACAUCAAAUGCAGCCCUUGAAUGACAAGCAGGUGCCGAACUCUGAAGGUGGAUAUGUAUGGCAGGUCACCGAUAUAAAUCGACUCCACCGUUUCUUAUGUUUUGGUUCAGAAGGUGGUACAUACUACAUCAAGGAGCAGAAACUGGGCUUUGAAAAUGCUGAAGUUUUAAUAAGACUGAUUGAAGAUGGUAAAGGUUGUGAUGUGGUACAGGAAAUAAAGACAUUCAGCCAGGAAGGCAGGGCAGCAAAACAGGAGCCCAUGCUUUUUGCUCUUGCAAUUUGUUCACAGUGCUCUGAUGCAAAAACAAAACAAGCAGCAUUUAAGGCUGUUUCUGAAGUCUGCCGCAUACCAACUCAUCUGUUUACUUUCAUCCAGUUUAAAAAGGAUCUGAAGGAGGGCAUGAAGUGUGGCAUGUGGGGCCGUGCCUUGAGAAAAGCUGUUGCAGACUGGUACAAUGGAAAGAAUGGCCUGGCGGUUGCUUUAGCAGUUACAAAAUAUAAACAAAGAAAUGGUUGGUCUCAUAAAGAUCUACUGAGGUUGUCCCACCUAAAACCUGCCAGUGAAGGACUCGCUGUAGUUACUAAGUAUAUCACCAAGGGGUGGAAGGAAGUCCAAGAGGCAUAUAAAGACAAGGAAUUUUCUUCUGAGACUGAAAAAUUGUUAAAAUAUCUGGAGGCUGUGGAGAAAGUGAAACGUACGAAAGAUGAAUUGGAAGUUAUUCAUUUGAUAGAAGAGUAUAGGUUAGUUAGGGAGCAUCUCCAGACAAACCAUUUGAAAUCUAAAGAGGUGUGGAAGGCAUUGUUGCAGGAGAUGCCCAUUACAGCAAUGUUGAGGAAUCUAGGAAAGAUGACUGCAAAUUCAGUACUUGAACCAGCAAGCCCAGAAGUAGCAAUAGUGUGUGAAAGACUGAGAAAUGAGAAACUGUUAAAAAAGGCUCGAAUACAUCCAUUCCAUGUUUUGGUUGCAUUAGAAACCUACAAAGCAGGACAUGGAAACCGGGGAAAACUUCGGUGGCUUCCUGAUAAAGACAUUUUAGAAGCUCUUGAUGUCUCUUUUUACAAAACAUUCAAGACAGUGGAACCAACAGGGAAGCGUUUCUUGCUUGCAGUUGAUGUCAGUGCUUCCAUGACACAAAGAGUUUUGGGCAGUGUGCUUAAUGCUAGUACAGUUGCUGCAGCAAUGUGUAUGGUUGUUGCACGCACAGAGAAAGAUUCCAAUAUUGUUGCCUUUUCGCAUGAAAUGGUCCCCUGUCCAGUGACAAAAGACAUGACAUUACCUCAAGUAUUACUGAAAAUGUCUGAAAUUCCAAUGGGUGGCACUGAUUGUUCUCUUCCAAUGAUAUGGGCUCAAAAAACACACACAGCUGCUGAUGUCUUUAUUGUGUUCACUGAUAAUGAGACCUUUGCUGGAAAUAUUCAUCCUGCAGUUGCUCUGAAGGAGUACAGGGAGAAAAUGGGUAUUCCAGCUAAACUGAUCGUUUGUGGAAUGACAUCAAAUGGCUUUACCAUAGCAGACCCAGAUGAUAGAGGGAUGUUGGAUAUAUGUGGCUUUGACACAGGAGCUCUAGAUGUCAUUCGCAACUUCACUUUGGAUUUGAUUUAAUCUGUGAGCACCUGCUAUUCACAGUGCGUUCAUUGCUGGCAAGAGACUCUGCCCUGAGAACUCCCAGCCAAAUGUACUAUACUAAAAUAUGGCACAUGAUGCACAUAUCAGAAUACCUUUUUGUAAAGAGAAAAGCAGAUGAGUUAUUACUUUUUUUUGUUGCACAUAGUUUAAAAAUAACAAUGGGAAAGCGUUCUAAAUGUUGCUACACAGUUUAUGAUUUAAUUUCAUUUAUAAUAGUUGAACAAUACUAAGGUUUUCUGUCACUGUAUAAUGCCUUUGUCUUCAAUAAUAAAUUGAUGAGUUACUUCUGGUAUUGGGAGUGGGGGCAGGAAAGGGAAAUGGUGUUAAUGUUUUUAAAUAGUGUUAGUUUAACAGCAGUUUACUCACUUUUUUUUUUUUUAAUCUUUGUAUUUGAAAAGAAUAAGAUUCAACCAUUUCCAUUGUUCAGUUUCAAAUCUAUAAAAGAGAAAUUAUUUUCUGGAGUGCACUAGACCAUGUAACUGUGAUGGAGUGUAAAAGUUACUUGUCAAAUUUUAUACUGACAAAGUGAAAGUGGAAAUAUGUGACUAAAUUGUGAUAAUCAGACUUUUUCUGAACAGAUUACUAUCUGGAUCUUCUAAAAUAAAAUAUGUAACUUUUUUGGUAAAUUGAAAGGCAGUUUUUGUACAUUGCAAUUUCAGCAGCACUAUUGUGGAAUUUGUAUCCUUUGUAAGAAAUCUGUACAAACUCUUUUUAGCAAAAGAGGAUCCCUGAAGUCCCAUCCUCCAAAGUAAUAGCUUGCUGAGGUUUCAAGUGCUUUUUUGAUGAGGAAGAUUAACACACUAAUUCAGAUGCAUUUAACUCUUCAGUUUUGGUCAUCAUAAUCAGAAAAAAAUUAGCUGUUAAUUUCUGUAUUAUCUGCUCAUUCUUUUGAAGAAAUCUUACCCUAAAAAAGCAGAGCACUUCAUGGCAUUUAAUCUGUUUAAAGAUUAAUUUUUUUUUUCUGAUUUUUAAAAAGAAAUUAAAUCCGUAAUCUAUUUUCAAAACUAUGUCUACUUCAUAGUGACAUUCUUACAAUGAUCUUUCUGCAUUAUACAGCUGCCCUCUUAACAGUCAAAAUCUUACUUGUUUAGCAAUGUAUUGGAAAUGAGAGUUUUAAUCUUCUGUAUGACAAUAAAGAAAGAAGAGGCCAAAAGACAUAGGGGAGAAAGUUAUGUCUACAGGUAACUUCUUGACUCUGUUUUAGAGCAGGGAUUAAUAGUAAUGCGAUUAUAUAAUAUCAAAAUGUCACAGAUAAAAAACACAAGUUUUAUCUUUAA